GCAGAUCCUGUCGGAGUUUCGGCUGAAGGAGGAGGACCUGAAGAAGGUGAUGUACCGGAUGCAAAAAGAGAUGGACCGAGGGCUAAAGCUGGAGACGCACGAGGAAGCCUCUGUCAAAAUGCUGCCCACCUACGUCCGCUCCACACCCGAGGGCUCAGAGGUCGGAGAUUUCUUGUCGCUGGACCUCGGCGGCACCAAUUUCCGCGUGAUGCUGGUGAAAGUGGGCGAGGGGGAGGAAGGGCAGUGGAAGGUGAAGACGAAGCACCAGAUGUACUCCAUCCCGGAGGAUGCCAUGACGGGGACGGCAGAGAUGCUCUUCGACUACAUCUCCGAGUGCAUCUCCGAUUUCCUGGACAAGCACCAGAUGAAGCACAAAAAGCUGCCCCUGGGCUUCACCUUCUCCUUCCCCGUGCGGCACGAAGACAUCGACAAGGGCAUCCUCCUGAACUGGACCAAGGGCUUCAAAGCCUCCGGCGCGGAAGGGAACAACGUGGUGGGGCUCCUGAGAGACGCCAUCAAACGGCGAGGGGACUUCGAGAUGGACGUGGUGGCAAUGGUGAACGACACGGUGGCCACGAUGAUCUCCUGCUACUAUGAAGAUCACCGGUGCGAGGUUGGGAUGAUUGUGGGUAAGACGGCCCCUUCCCACAGGGACACACGGCAG